CACCUCUAGAAAUCCAAUACCUUCAAGUCAUUGACCAUGAACACAGCCUUGACCCAACCAUUAUAGGCCCGUACGAGUAUCACAUAAGCGACGUACAUAUUUCCCCGGGAAGCUAACAGACACCAACCAGGCAAUCAACACUCUUCCAAAUCUACACAGCUCCUCCGAAGAACACAAUCUCUCUCCUUCGGACAUCACCAAGAAGCCAUGGCAUCCCGCCGCGCUCUGCGCACCCUCAAGCACCUUGCGACCCGUCGCGCCCACUCCACCAGCUCCGUCUCCGCAAAUGAGCUUUCGCAUUUCUCCGCCCUGGCCAGCAGCUGGUGGGAUCCCCAAGGUCCAUCGCGCGUGCUUCACCUCAUGAACCCGCUGCGCCACGACUUCAUUGCCUCCUGUCUCUCCGACGCCGCCCCCCCUCCUCCUCCCCCCUCCGCCUCUUCCCCCGCCCCCUCCCCCGCAACCAACCCCAACACCCUCCGCUACCUCGACAUCGGCUGCGGCGGCGGCAUCUUCGCCGAGUCCCUCGCGCGCAGCAUCAGCACCUCGCCCGCCAGUCAGACGGCGACCCCGACGCGCGCCGCCUCCAUCACAGCCAUCGACCCCUCGACGACCCUGAUCCAGAUCGCGCGCGACCACGCCCGGCUCGACCCCACGGUCGACGCGCACCUCCGCAGCGGCCGCUUCGAGUACAAGAACUGCACGUUGGAAGACCUCAUCGCCUCGCAACAAACACCCCCCUCCACCUCCACCCCUACCCCCGAAAAAUACGACAUCGUCACCCUCUUCGAAGUCAUCGAACACAUCGAAUCCACCCCGUCGGCGGGGAUCUCCCCGCAAUCGUUCCUGACGGACUGCCUGCGGCUCGUGCGGCCCGGCGGCUGGCUCAUCGGCUCGACCAUCGCGCGCACCUUCCCCUCGUGGCUGGUCAACCAGGUCAUCGCGGAGGCGCCGUGGCCCAUCGGCGUCGUGCCGCGCGGCACGCACGAGUGGCAGAAGUUCGUGAACCCGGGCGAGUUGGAAGGGUGGGUGCAGGAGGGGUUGAUGCGCGCUGCGGAUGGCCGGGCGGUGCGGGCGGGCGCCGCGGCGCUGGAGGGCAUGCGGUGGAAGUGUGUCGGCGUGGUGUAUUUCCCUGGGUUCGGGUGGAAGCUGGUGCCUGGGUCGGAGAGCUGGGGGAAUUACUUCUGGGCAGUUCGGAAGGGGGUUUGAAGUUUAACGCCGAGGCGAAAAGAGAGAGAGAGAGGGGGAGAGAGAGAAAUGGCUACGCAUAAAUGGCUUACUGAAUCCACCACGGUGGAAGUGAGAUGGAUUGUAUGAUAGAUAAGUUUAUGUAUUUAUUGAAUGUACUAUACCUGUGUAAGGAUAGACUACUG